AUGACUGCCAUUGAUCCUGAUAGCUGUCAACUUGUUGAGGUACCUAUUGAUGCAAGUGGAACAAUAGUCGUUCAAGAUCCUGGCACGCUAAUUGCGGGAGGACAGGUCCAAGUAGGCGGGAUUGUGCAAUCUGGGAAAAGUCUUCUAAAACCUGAACUUGCUCAACACCUUAUCCAGCCUGUUGGUAUUCGUGUAAGUGCCCCCUACACAGGGAACCUUCAAAGUAAUUUCUUCAUUUGGGCGUCCCUGUUGUCGGUAAUUGAUCCCAGAGUUUCGCAGACAGCCCAACGCGGUGGAAGGUUCCCUGCACGAAAACCUUUGGGCUCAGCUCAAGGAAUGCAAGUGAUUCAAGGCACGCAACUGAUUCAACAACCCACCGUCCUUACACCCACUGCAUCAGGUCUUCUCUCUCUUGGAACCCGUUAUACCCCUUCUUCAGGCAUAACACUGGGUGCGGCAACUGGUGCAGGCGCAGCCAGUGGCAUCCUUGCCAACUCACAGGGUAGUAUCUUCACGUCUGGCGGUUCUACCAUGGUGACGACAACUGGAACUGGAGUAGACAGGGAUGCCGGCUACCGUCUCGCUGCGGCUAUGACUGGUGCUAGUAGCAGGGGAAGGCCUAGGGGCCGUCGCCCACUCAGAGGUCAAUUCCCAGUUGUUCCGAUCGACAUGGUACGACAGCUUGGCAUCGAGCAACAAGUCAUUCUGCAACCAGCAGCUCCUGUCGCCAUGCGCAACAAAGCCAUUCUCUGUCGUCCUCUUUCUGUGUCAUGUAAGACUCAGGCUAAGGCAAAUACUCGUGAUGUUGCUUGUCAGUUCUCCGAAGAAGAGGAGGCUCUAGUGUCGAAACCCGAUGAAGACGUUGAAGAGGACGAAAUGAUGGUAGUUGAGGAGCGCGCUGUGCCAAUUAAAGAAGAUGUUGAGGAUUUGGAAGAAGUUGAUAUUUUCUCAGAUAAAAACGACUCGGACUUUGAAACUGGUCCCAAAAAGUCCAUCGCACGGAAAAGUGAAGUUGGGGCCAACACUGAUGUUCUGUCAACGAGUCAUUUGAGCACCCAAACAGAUGAUACUAAUAAGGUCGAAGAUGUGGGUAGUAAGGAAGACGAGAAAAAAGAUGGGGAAAAGGUCAAGUAUGUGCCCAUUCCAAUUCCCGUGCCGAUAUACGUUCCUGUGCCAGUUUACCUUUACGCCCGCCCUGUUCCAUUCGCUUUGCCCUUCCCUUUGCCCUGCGUGGUGCCGCUGCCCCUUGUUCUCAAAGGUGACGAAGUUACCGGUGGCAUUGUAGAAUCGGAAUAUGAGAAGGAUCGUCUGAAGCCCGAACCGGGUCAGGCCACCAAGCCUGCCCAGACGUCGGUUGAGGCUACUUCAAAGCCUCUCCAGCAAAAACGAGCUGCAAGAGACUCGCUAACUUCGUUCGCACCUGCAGCAGCAGCAGCAGCAGCUCCACAGCACCAGGUGCUCCCAAGUAAGCGUCAGCGUCAGUCACCUGAAGCGCCACUCGUCGCACAGCCGCCACCACCACCACCUCACCGCACACCCACAACCACGAGCGACGCAACCUACCACCUCAAAUUCUCCUACGGCAUAAACGCUUGGCGCCACUGGGCAAGCCACACUUCGCAACCCAAGGUGGUUGCUGAGCUGCUCGAUGCUUCUGAUGAUGAGCUCAACGCGGCACUCACUAGAUUCGUUCAUGAGGUGCGCAAACCAAACAAUGAAACCUACGUGGCUGAUUCGAUCUUCUACCUGUGUCUAGGAAUUCAAGAGUACUUGAACGAGAAUGGGCGUAUAAUCAACCUCUUUGGCGAACCGCGAUUCGCUAGUUUCGCCAGGGCUCUGGAUACUGUUCUGGCCGACUUCCAGCCCCGGAUCAGCCCUGAGGGCUUGCUUAUUUGCCGAAUCGAGGAAGAACACCUUUGGGAAGCCCGUCAACUCGGCGCGGAUUCUCCUAACAUAAUGCUCUUCAGCCUUCUCUACUUCAUCACAAAACACCUGUGGCUGAGAACCGGUGACCAGCACGCCCAACUGAGGUUCGUCAACUUUAAGGUGAAGCGGGAGCAGCCAUCCAUCGAAAGCAUCUUCUUCGUGCCUACAGAGGGUAGCGACUCCUACCGAAUGUUUGUCAGUGCCGAACAGCUAUCUCGAUGUCCUGUCCGUCUCUACCGCACCUACCUUAAAAAGUGCCCUCAGGCGGUGAUAGCCAACGGUGGAUCACUCUACCUGAGGCCGUUAGUUGAGCCUUCCGCGUCGACAUGGUUUUCAGACACCCCGAUGACAGCUGGAGACCUGCAGAUUAUGCUGAAUCGCAUUAAAAUGGUUAAGGAGAUUCAAGAGGCAUUCAUGGACAGCCAGUCCGACUAA